GUUUGGCAGACAGAGCGCUUGGGCUUUCGGAGUAGUGUCCGGUGGCGGUAUGAUACAGAGACGAGGGGGAGGGGAAGUCAAUAUUUACCAUAUUGUCGACGCCUUCACUUGGAGGAUGGGGUGUUCGGUACUGUAUUGGCGGGGGAGAUUGAUUCUAGCAAGCUGGUGCGUCUCGUGCCAUUGCCCAGGUUGUAAUUUGCGGCGCUUUGGUGAUGAUCAGGUCACAGUUGACCUCGAGAUGAAAGUCGAGUCAAGACAAGCUUUGGCUAGCUGUACUGAACAAAGACGUCAAAAGGGUUGGCGGGAAUUAAUUAGUGGCUUUGCCGUAGAGAAAGAAGUUCGAGUGGUGAAGACAGGGGCGACGUUGAAAGAGGAGAGCAAGCGAGCGAGGGCGGUUGGAAGGUCUAGACCCUUGUGUCGUUGACGUGACGAUCUGACGCUGGUUGGUCGACGAGCUGCGGCUGUCGUGUAUUAAAAGGUGUGUGUGUGUCGUGUUGGUCCCGGACGGAGCGUGGGGAGAGCGACGGGAAGUGGUGUAGCUGAAGUCAAGAAAGGUACGUAUUCGAGGGGAAGGCGUCGCGAAUGGAA